AUGUUGAGCACAGUAAGCAUUAUCAGUGUGUGGCAGAGACGCGCUCAGUUCGGUUCGGUUUGGUUAUUGGUUGCUCGGUUGAUUUUCAUCACCAUGCGUAUAUUCACCUUGAUCUUGGGGCUAUUGUGUACCUUGGGUUACUCAAGUGGAUACAAUUACCUGAUGGUUCUCAAUUCCGCCGGUAGUUCUCACUUCAAUGUGGGACAUGCUUUGGCCAAGGGAUUGGUCAAGGCUGGACAUACAAUCACCGUGGUCUCCGUCUUUCCUCAGAAGAAACCCAUUCCUGGUUAA